GAAAUUGGCAAUCUAAUAGGUGAUGGAAUUGGUGAUGAUAUAUGUAUGAUAAAAUAGGUGUUGCAACAUAUAUGAUAAAAUAAACGAUGAAAUGGCCGAAGAACUAUGUGAUUAAAUAGGCGAAGUACUAGAUGAUUAAAAUAAACAAUAAAAUAGGCAAUGAAAUAGGUGGUGAGAAAGGCAAAAAAGAAGGUGAUUUAAUAUGUGAUGAACUAAGCGAAGAAAUAGUGAAUGAAAUAGGUGUUGAUAAAUGGGAUGAAUUUGGCAAAUUAAUAAAUAAUAUGUAAAGUGACUUAAUAGUGGAUUUAAUAUUGGAUUGA